CAAUUCACAAUUUCCCAUAAUUUCUUCGUUAUAAUUGGUCGAUUGUGAAUACACAACACCGUGUCUUUGAGCAGAGCAAAAAAGGGAAGUUUUACGGACGUCGAGUUUUUUUCCAAAAAUAAAAAUUAUUUAAAAUGAUUUCGAGGGCCGCAUUACUCUCAGUCCAAAGACCAGCUGCUCUCAUUGCUUCCAGGGCCGCUGCAACUGGAGCUUCAGAGCAGUUCAAGAGGCCAGUACGUCCAGAACACCCUGGCAAAGUCCGUUUGGGAUUUAUUCCAGAAGAAUGGUUCCAAUUCUUCUACAACAAAACUGGUGUCACCGGUCCAUACACAUUCGGUGUAGGUCUGCUCACCUACUUGUGCUCCAAGGAAAUCCUUGUCAUGGAGCAUGAAUACUACGGUGGUUUGUCAUUGGGUAUCAUGUGCAUUAUUGCUGUUAAGAAAAUUGGUCCAGCAGCUGCCAAGUACUGCGACAAGGAAAUCGACAGGAUCGAAGCCGAAUGGAAUGACGGUCGUGUCAACGAAUUGAAGGUCCUCGCUGACGCUAUCGAAGACGAGAAGAAGGAACAAUGGCGCGCCGAAGGUGCUCUGAUGCUCAUUGAUGCCAAAAAAGAGAACGUUGCUCUUCAAUUGGAAGCCGCAUUCAGGGAACGUGCCAUGAAUGUCUACACACAAGUCAAGCGUCGGUUGGACUACCAAGUUCAAUGCCGUCACGUUGAAAGACGUAUCAAUCAGAAACACAUGGUUGACUGGGUUGUCAAGAACGUCCUCAAGUCCAUCACACCCCAAUCAGAGAAGGAAACCCUUAACAAGUGCAUUGCCGAUUUGAGUGCACUUGCUGCCCGUGCAAAGUAAUUUACUAAGCACAGUCACGACGAGUGAACUAAUAAAUUAUAUUUUGGAUGUAAAACAUCUACGCAUUAAUUAAUAUACAAGAAAUAAAAAAUCAAUUCCAACAUUCACGAAAGAA